UGCGUUUUCGUAAAGAUUUACACCCUGGUCGUGUGUAACAUCAACAUACAGUGCACCCACAAAAUAAAUGGCUUUUCGUUGGACACAUCAACACAAGGAAACAAGGAAUCAGAAAUAUGACGAGUGGUGAUUUUCUCAGGUGACCCCCGAGAUCCAAUCCGGAUUUUGGUCAAACCACAUGACACGAAAGGAGGGCAAUGAAGAGGAACCGGACAAUUAAUCUCUAACGUGAUCUGACCAACUGUUGAUCUUUUCUACCUUAAUGUUUUUAUAUAAUAAAUGUUAUACAUGCGUAAAAAAGAUCCGUCUAGAAAAAGCGUUUUUUUCUGAACUUCCGUUCUUCUGGACACGAGGCUGAAUGGCAAACUGAGCUGUUGCAACGCACAAGGCUUACAGACGUGUUGCUUAACCUAUUGUAUGUGACUACAUAAUGUUUUUUUAAACAUACUUUAACCACUCAGGAUAGCAUGUGAAAACCUUAAUAGAAGAACUUAAGUUGCCCCUAGAAAAAUUAACCAUAGUUUAACUGACAUAAUAAAGAGUGAUCAUUUUAAUACUAAUGGGAUUUUAAUAUAUAAUAAAAUGUGCAUGUACAAUUAUCAUCAAAUGUUAUGGCAAAGAAUGAGAUUGUGUCCGCUAAAUUGUAAAUAAACAUUAUCCUCAUUGUAUAAUUUAACUCUAUUUUUGGAAGUGGGGAACAUUGGGAAUAUUGCACUGUUCACAAAAGGUAUAAAACCUAACCCCCCCCCCCCCAAAGAAAAGCAGGAACUCAGCAUUUUGCAUUGACAACUGCACCACAACAAUACUUUGAAUAAGUGCAACGGUCCACUCUUCAAACAAAAGCAAAACCAUGGACAUAAUACAUACACACUGGUACACCAGGGCCCCUUCCAUAACUAGUUCAAGUGUAUUUGUUUCAUGGACAGAGCAUUUAAAGGAUUUUGCCACCAUCAACAAAAAGGGUAACAGAGGUUGAGUUAGGAAUUCUGUGAGGCAGGUUCUUUAUGUGUAUUUCCCUCUUACCCCCUAUCAUCGCUCUCUACCUCUCCAUUCUCCCUCGUUCUCUUCGAGGAUAAACAAAGCGGGAUUUUACACUAGGAAAAAUAAGGUAAGGAAUUAUUAUAUUAAUACAAUACUGAAUAUUCAGUGCACUGAACGCAUUUUGGUACAUUAAAUGCAUGGCUGUUAAAGCAUUUUAUGAAUCUGUUUUCCCUCAUUAAGAAUUAUCUCAUUUUUAGAAACGAGCAUAUUUUUGUACAUUAUUAAUCUAUUUUAACAUUAUAUUGCUGCAUUUGAUUAAAUGUCUCACGAUUGAAGGUCCAAUGUGGCAAAUUCUUUAUUAAUAAUUUAUAUGUUGAUGUUUCUGUGAGAUAGGCUUCAAGACUCUAUGACUUAAAGGGCAGGCAUAUAAAAAAUUAAAUCUUUCUAAAACGUUUCUAGAAUGAAAUAAAAUGAUUUAUGUAGAGCAUAUGAUGAUAAAUCUGUCUCAGUAAAGAGACGAGUUAAAGUGAUAGUUCACCCAAAAACUUAAUAUUCUUUCAUCAUUUAUUUACUCUCAAGUUGCUCCAAAACUUUUUAAAAUUCUUUAUUCGGUUGAUCACAAAAGAUAGUUUGAAGAAUGCUGGAAACAAAACAGUUCUGGGGCACUUUUGACUACCAUAGUUUUUUCCCCUUCUAGUCAAUAGUGCCCCUUAACUGUUUGGGUAUAUUUUUUUUCUCCAAAUAUCUUUCUUUGUGUCAAACAAAUUUUUACAGGUUUGGAACAACUUUGAGGAAGUUAGUCAUGAUAUAGUUUUCAUUUUGGGGUGAGUAUUCUUUUAAUACAGCACAGGUUGGCUUCUAUCUAUAUUUCCUUUCUGUAUACGAUUCAGGAUGUACAGCUUCAUGGGCGGCGGCCUGUUCUGUGCCAUUUUGGGGAACAUCCUAAUUGUGGUCUCCACGGCGACCGACUAUUGGAUGCAGUAUCGUCUCUCAGGCAGCUAUGCCCACCAGGGCCUGUGGAGGUACUGCAUGGCCAACAAGUGCUACAUGCAGACUGCAAGUAUUGCAGCAUACUGGAAUGCCACCCGGGCAUUCAUGAUCCUGUCGGGAAUAGCAUGCUUUGCUGGCGUCAUGGCAGGCAUUCUGUCAUUUACCCAUUUUUCUGCCUUUGAGAGGUUCAGUCGCUCCUUUGCUGCAAGCAUCCUGUUUUUCAUCUCCACUAUAUUUGCACUGCUUGCUAUGGCAAUCUACACUGGUGUAACCCUAAGCUUCCUGGGCAAGCGCUUUGGAGACUGGCGCUUUUCCUGGUCCUACAUACUAGGCUGGGUGGCCAUGCUUAUGACGUUCUUUGCAGGGAUAUUAUACAUGUGUGCCCACAGAACGUAUGAAUCAAGGAGAGUGGUUGGAAGUCGCUGAAGAAGCAAAGCGAGUAAACAUUUCAUAGCUCCACCAACAUCAGGACUUUUACAGUAUAAAAAUAUUUGAAAAUGUUUACAAUACAGUUUAGUGCAUUAACAUACUGCAGGAAUAUAGUGAAA